AUGGCAUUGGUUUGCGCCAUCUUGGUGCUCACGUUGGUGAGACCGGUGGUCUGGGCUUCCGAUUUGACCUCCCAUGUUGAUCUUUUCUUGGGCUCCGAGGGUGGGGGGAAUAAUUUCCCCGGAGUUGCUCGUCCGUUUGGCAUGACCAAGCUGGGUCCGGACCUAUUUGUCUCGGGGACGGAUGCUUAUUCCGGUUAUUUGCCCAAUGGUGAGUUCUCGGGUUUCAGUAUGAUGCACGAGCAAGGUACUGGAGGCGCCCCGAAAUAUGGUACCGUGUCUCAGCUGCCCUUGAUCGGCAAUGUCACCAACCCGCUGUCGAAUAAGACUGUUGCCCGGUCUGGCACAGAUGAGGCGUCCGUCGGCUAUUACAAGGCCCAAACCUCUGAUGGAAUCGUAGUCGAGCUGAGUGCUUCGGCCCACGCGGGUAUCUACCAGUACACCUUCCCCAAGGGGUCCCAGGGGAACGUUCUGGUCGACGUAUCGCAUGUGUUGCCCUCCUUCAGGGGUCAGGGCCUGGGCCAGGGGUACAAAGGAGGAAACAUCACUGUUUUCCACGAUGGCCACUAUGAGGGCCAUGGUGUGUAUGAUAACGGAUGGAACCGUUCACCUGAUUGGUCCAUAUACUUCUGUGAGUUUGCCAUGUUGUUCCUGCGCGGCUACUUCGAUAAUGCUCCUAUCAGAAACAAGACAUAUGUCGGGACUGAUGCAGGGGGUAGCGUCGAGCAAACAGACGGGUUCGCAACGUCCUCGUCGGGUUCGACACGAGUCGGGGGCCUGUUCGCCUUUCAGGACUCGAAGGUGACUUCUCGCGUGGGAAUUUCGUGGAUCUCCACGGACAAAGCUUGCAAGCACGUCCAAGAUGAGAUCCCCGAUGGAACGGGCCUAGAUACCGUCGUGAAAGAUGCCAAAUCAGAGUGGGAUUCCGAGGUUUUGUCCAAGGUCACCACAUCAAACACCAACCAGACGAGCCUCACCUUGCUCUACACUUCCCUGUAUUUCAUGCAUUUGAUUCCGACCAACCAAACUGGCGAAAACCCUGGUUGGACUUCCUCCGAGCCGUACUAUCAGGAUAUUUUCACUUACUGGGACCUUUUUCGCUGCUCCACGGCGCUGAUGCAAGUUCUGCAGCCUGAAGCAUAUGAAGAACAGAUUCGAUCUCUUAUUGACAUCUGGCGCAACGACGGCUUUCUCCCGGACGCCCGUUCGUCUAACUACAACGGCCGAAGCCAGGGUGGCUCCAAUGCAGACAACAUCCUGGCUGACGCCUAUGUGAAAGGCGUCCGUGGUGCCGUGAACUGGGACGAUGGAUACCGGGCCAUGGUCAAGGACGCAGAAGUGGUCCCACCCAAUGACCCGGUCGACUCGAUGGCCCCGGACUCCUCAACAAAAGAAGGCCGAGGAGCUCUAGCAGACUGGAAGAAUCUCGGAUACAUCACGCCAAAGUACACUCGCGCGGUCACAAGGGCCGUCGAGUAUGCCUGCAACGAUUUCGGUCUGUACCAGGUCGCCUCGGGGCUCGGAAAAGACGAGGAUGCGAAGAAGUACCUCAAUCGGUCCCGGAAUUGGCAAAACCACUGGAACCCCAACGCGACGUCCUUGGGAUUCUCGGGCUUCGUCGUCCCGCGCGAUCAAAAUGGGUUCAUCGAGACCAAUCCUUUGGACGGUGGCUACUGGGGCGACCCUUACUACGAGGGCAGCUCAUGGGCGUACUCCUGGGCUAGCGUCCACGACAUGAAGCAGAUGGUCCAGAUGAUGGGAGGGUCCGAGACCGUCGUGAAACGAUUGGACACGAUGUUCACCGAGGGUGCCAGUGGCUCCAGUGGAAUCAUUUUCGACUCCACGAACGAACCCAUGUUCAAUAUCCCGUACCUGUAUAAUUAUGUCGAUCGACAGGACUUGUCAGUUGUCCGGUCCCGCCAUGUCGCGAAGACUUACUACCAUACAGGUCGGAAAGGACUCCCAGGAAACAGCGACGCCGGGGCGAUGCAAACAUGGCUUCUGUGGAACAUGAUUGGCCUAUAUCCCAUCACCGGACAAACGACAUUCCUAAUCCACUCACCUUGGUUCGAGUCCCUGACGAUCGAUCUCGGAGGUGACAAGAAGCUGAAUGUCACCGCCAAGGGUGGCGAUGGAAAUGGCGACACCAACAUCCAUGUGCAGCGACUCCGGGUCAACGGGGAAGACUGGAAGAAAAACUGGCUCACCUGGGACGACGUCUUUGCCGACGGAGGCAGCAUUGAGUUCGAACUGGGCAGCAGUGCCAGUGACUGGUUCACAGGGGAGUUGCCACCCAGUCCGGCUUCUUGA